AUAAACCACUUUUGCUUUUAGGUUGCAUUGCAGUUUGGAUCAAACGCCUUAAAACCCUAGAAAACCUACCAAAUUGGAGCCUCUUUGAAUUUUCGAUUCAACUUUGGUGCAUUAUAUAAUCUCAUAUGUAUAUCACUAUACACUAGAAUAAUUUUUGUGUGUCACCAAAUAAAUCUAUAAAUAAAUAUAUUUGUAUAGAAGAGUCUGUGAGGGCAAUGGAGGGUGGUAUAGGCAAAGAAGAGGAACAAGACGGUAUGUCUGUACAUUCUCCUUGCAAAGCUCCUCCUUCCUCUGCAUCUUCUCUCCGCAAGGAGCAAUCACAGGUUGAAUUGGAGCUUAGAUUGUUAGAAGCUCUUGAAAUUUAUCCUCCUGCCAAGUUAAAAGGAAUACACCGUCACUUUGUCCUUUAUGGUCUAAUGGAAUAUCUACGAAGAAGCUUUGGUCGUCACUUUUCUUCCUCCGAUGUACUGCAGCUGUUAGAUCGUUUCUACAACUUGGAAAUGCUGGUAAUUAAAGUGAAACCAGAUGAUGAGGAGACAGAAAUCCUGAAUCAGGAAGAAGAUUUUAGCUUGCCGCAAAGUUAUUUUGUAAAGGAAGAGCCUUGACUAACAAAACUUUGGUAUACAUACAAGUUCCGUUUGAAGUUGGUUUAUUCUCUCUGUAAUAUACGACAGUCAGUGUUUAUCUUGUUCUAUGACAUUAGUUAUUUAUUACAAAUUUGGAAAUAUUAA